AUGGAACAGUGCACAUGGAACAGUGCACAUGGAACAGUGCACAUGGAACAGUGCACAUGGAACAGUGCACAUGGAACAGUGCACAUGGAAAACAAUGAACGCCUCAGAGAGGAGACAUGGAGGACAGAAGAAGACGACCAAAACAACAGAGAUAAGGAUGGAGAAUACAGAGAUAAUGAUGGAGAAUACAGAGAUAAUGAUGGAGAAUACAGAGGUAAUGAUGGAGAAUACAGAGAUAAUGAUGGAGAAUACAGAGGUAAUGAUGGAGAAUACAGAGGUAAUGAUGGAGAAUACAGAGAUAAUGAUGGAGAAUACAGAGAUAAUGAUGGAGAAUACAGAGAUAAUGAUGGAGAAUACAGAGAUAAUGAUGGAGAAUACAGAGAUAAUGAUGGAGAAUACAGAGAUAAUGAUGGAGAAUACAGAGAUAAUGAUGGAGAAUACAGAGAUAAUGAUGGAGAAUACAGAGGUAAUGAUGGAGAAUACAGAGAUAAUGAUGGAGAAUACAGAGGUAAUGAUGGAGAAUACAGAGGUAAUGAUGGAGAAUACAGAGAUAAUGAUGGAGAAUACAGAGAUAAUGAUGGAGAAUACAGAGAUAAUGAUGGAGAAUACAGAGAUAAUGAUGGAGAAUACAGAGAUAAUGAUGGAGAAUACAGAGAUAAUGAUGGAGAAUACAGAGAUAAUGAUGGAGAAUACAGAGAUAAUGAUGGAGAAUACAGAGAUAAUGAUGGAGAAUACAGAGAUAAUGAUGGAGAAUACAGAGAUAAUGAUGGAGAAUACAGAGGUAAUGAUGGAGAAUACAGAGAUAAUGAUGGAGAAAACAGAGAUAAUGAUGGAGAAUACAGAGAUAAUGAUGGAGAAUACAGAGAUAAGGAUGGAGAAUACAGAGAUAAUGAUGGAGAAUACAGAGAUAAUGGAGAAUACAGAGAUAAUGAUGGAGAAUACAGAGAUAAUGAUGGAGAAUACAGAGACAAUGAUGGAGAAUACAGAGAUAAUGAUGGAGAAUACAGAGGUAAUGAUGGAGAAUACAGAGGUAAUGAUGGAGAAUACAGAGAUAAUGAUGGAGAAUACAGAGAUAAUGAUGGAGAAUACAGAGAUAAUGAUGGAGAAUACAGAGAUAAUGAUGGAGAAUACAGAGAUAAUGAUGGAGAAUACAGAGAUAAUGAUGGAGAAUACAGAGAUAAUGAUGGAGAAUACAGAGAUAAGGAUGGAGAAUACAGAGAUAAGGAUGGAGAAUACAGAGAUAAGGAUGGAGAAUACAGAGAUAAUGAUGGAGAAUACAGAGAUAAGGAUGGAGAAUACAGAGAUAAUGAUGGAGAAUACAGAGAUAAGGAUGGAGAAUACAGAGAUAAUGAUGGAGAAUACAGAGAUAAUGAUGGAGAAUACAGAGAUAAUGAGACAAGAGAGAGCAGCAGGCAGCCACGGACAGCAAACCGUGAACUCCUCGUGGAAAUAUUUGGACAAUAA